UCACAAAAACUCUUAGCUUUUUGUUUGUGAUAGAGAGAACGUCAGUCAACUACUAUGUCAGAUAGAUGGGCUAGGCAAAACGCGGAACAAGCAGCUGUCUUGGCUGAGAGAAGAAAUGUGAAUAAAAACGUUUCACUUCAGACUGGGGAAGAGUUUUCCAUGGAGUUUCUCAAGGAUCAUCAUCAUACUCCUGUCCAAUCUCCUAUCGUUUCAGGGAAAACUCAUAACGAUGGGAAUAGAUUUGGUGGGGACCUUUACUAUCAUCAGAAUCACCUACCGGGAUAUGACAGUGCUGCUGCUCGGUUUCAUGAACUGAGGAGGAUUGAAUCUGAAUGUCCUUCUUCUGAUGCUUAUGAUUUUGGACGAGACCCGAGGUCUUCUUCUAUACGGGUUGAGAAUGGUUAUGUGCCUCAUUUUAGUGCUUACCACAAUGUAGGUGGUGAAAACGAAGUUAUAACUAGGAAAGCUUUUGGUGAAAUAAAUUCCAACCGAGGAGAUGUCACGGGGAGGUCUGCGCCUUGUGCAUUCUUACCAGAGCGUGUUCAGUCCAACAACUAUACUGGUGGAGGAGGAGGAGUAGGAGAUUUCGAUAGAUUCGGAAAAGUUAAGUUUCUUUGCAGCUUUGGUGGGAGGAUUAUGCCAAGAUCCACUGAUGAGAAACUUAAAUACGUAGGAGGAGAGACUCAUAUCAUUUCUAUCCGCAAGAACCUUUCUUGGGAAGAACUCAAGAAGAAGACUUCAGCUAUAUGCCAACAACCUCAUUCAAUCAAGUAUCAGCUUCCAGGGGAUGAGCUUGACUCCCUAAUAUCAGUAUCAUCAGACGAGGAUCUUCAGAAUAUGAUUGAAGAGUACAAUGGACUAGAAAGGCUCGAGGGUUCACAAAGGCCACGUCUGUUCCUGAUUCCUAUAGGGGAGCCUGAAAGAAAGGUUCAGCAGACCACUCCUGAUAGCCAAUAUGCUGCAGCUAUAAAUUCUAAUGCUGUUGUUGGUCAGACUUUAGUGGGUGAUACACGUUAUCAUGUAAACAAUUUGGAUCGCAUUCCAAGUUUCCGUAAACAAGCACCGGGACAGAUGCUCAGACUGGAUACUGCUACUAUGCACCCUAAUCCUCUUUUCAAUGGAGUUCAAUAUAACAUGCCUACCUAUCCAUCACCUCCUGUUUCUCCUUCACCAUUCCAGCAAAGGGAUUCAAAUGGUGUAUACUCACAAUUCCCUGGAAACAACUCCAGCUCCGAGAGCAAUAAUUCCUUCAGCCCAGCUCAACCAGACACACCUAGCUUUGAGGCGAUUGAUUCCAAAUAUCAUCAACAGCGACCACUGCCUUCAGUAAACUGUCAGCCUAACAAGCAUGAGGCAGAGAACCUAUAUGGAAUGCAAUUCCAGAAUGGCUUCAAUGAAAAGCUUGUGACUCCCAGUUCUAGCCAUGUUGAUACACUUUGCUUUAACCCUGAGAGGUCUGCGAAUAAUGGAAGGGUCUACAGCGAUAAAGCGAGCAUGCCAGAGGAAUCUAAGGUCUCCUUCUCUGGGUCUACAAACUCAAAUGAUUCUUGCUUGGGGAUCCCACACUCGUACUCAGACUCUACACUGGAGAUUAAUGGUGGACAUUCUAGUUACUUUUCACAAGAGAGACAAAGCCCAUCUUCAACUUUGAACUUUACAAAGAAACAAACAGAAGAAAAGUCAGUGCAGGUGCAUAGGAAUAAUGAUCUAGCUGACCGUCGUACACAAAGUGAUAUACUGGAUAUGAAGUCCACUGAAGGAGGAGAGACUAUGUUUAAAUUUUCCCCAAGGCCAGGAGGACCAGGACUAUCCGGUGAAAACAAGACAUUGCACAUAGACAUUUCUGCUGCAGGCAAUCAUUACGAAAAGGUUGAAAAAAGAAGUAUUAAUGUUUAA